AUCCAUAUCUUCCUAAGCGCGUUUCAAAAAAUCCCAUUUUUUUUCGGGCAUAUAAAUGAGGGAGCGGCGUAGAGAUCACCGAGGCAAGUUCUCUUCCGCUGCCUGAAGUUUCCAAGUGGGGAGGCCGAGAGCAUUCGAUUUUGGUGGGUUUCCAUCGUUCUGGAGUCGUUGACAGAUUGGUACCAGCUAUGAUUCAGAGUACCUGGUGGCGUUUUUAUUUCCUUUAAGGCUCUUUCCAAAAUGUUCCAGGCCGGAAGAGUCCAUAUCGGAACGCGAGAGAUACACGCUGGGUGGUUGCCAUGAUUUCUCCCUCUUGCGAACUUGGACAUCUUUGGUAGGAUAUAGAGUUUUAGGACUUCGGCGGUGUUGGAGCUGAAAUCUCUGGUUUCUUACGUUCUAGAGGUCGUUUGGUUGAUUCCGGCGGAAAAAAGCUGAGAUCUUGGUCCGAAGCGGUGCGGAAAGCCCUAGAAAGGGGUUUCUCAGCCGUCCAUUCUUCAGGAGAGAGAAGAAGAAUACUUGGCGAGUAUAGGAGCGCUUGCUGUUGUUGUCCCCAUUUCUUUUGUUUUUCUAUUUGGAUACAGGAGUAGUUCCAUUUUCCUCACUCGCAGACCCUACCAAGGAGAGAGCUUGUAUUGGUUUUCGUGGGGUUCCGGACAGCCAUUGCUCAUGGCGGUGGUGUCUCGGUGUGGCAGUCAUGUUUGCCCUAACUGAGUCGUCGGUUCCUUGAUUGGCCGAUCUUGCUUUUCAUCAGAAGGUUCUUCUAUUAUUGUGCAAGUUCUUUGUUAGUUGCAGGAAGGAUGCAAGGAGCUGUUCUGGUUGCUAUAGCUGCCGCAAUUGGUAGCUUGUUGCAGGGAUGGGACAGUGCUACUAUGGCCGGUGCUGUUCUUUAUAUAAAUAGAGAGUUCAAAUUGGAGGCAGAUCCCACUAUAGAGGGGCUAAUUGUAGCCAUGUCACUUAUUGGGGCCACAAUUAUCACCUCAUUUUCUGGAGCUUUAUCAGACUGGGUAGGCAGGCGCCCGGUACUAAUUGUCGCAGCAGUCCUCACCUUCCUGAGUGGUCUGGUGAUGCUAUGGUCUCCCAAUGUCUAUAUCCUACUUUUGGCAAGGUUAAUAUAUGGAUUCGGAGUUGGGAUAGCAGUCACACUUGUUCCUGUAUACAUUUCUGAGACAGCCCCAUCAGAGAUAAGGGGAUUGCUAAAUACCCUACCGCAGUUCUGUGGAUCUGGAGGCAUGUUUCUGUCAUACUGUGUGGUUUUUGGAAUGUCAUUAAUGUCAAACCCAGACUGGAGAUUGAUGCUUGGUGUUCUCUCCAUCCCCUCCCUUAUUUAUUUUGCAUUGACUGUAUUUUAUUUGCCCGAAUCUCCAAGAUGGCUUGUAAGCAAAGGGCGAAUGGUAGAGGCAAAAAAGGUUUUGCAGAGAUUACGUGGAAGAGAAGAUGUAUCAGGAGAAAUGGCUCUUCUUGUGGAAGGCUUGGGGAUAGGGGAUGAAACAUCUAUUGAAGAGUACAUAAUUGGCCCUGCUAAUGAGCUUGUGAAUGACCAUGGAGAAACUGCUGAUAAGGAACAGAUUACACUGUAUGGGCCUGAAGAGGGUCUCUCCUGGGUUGCCCGGCCUGUGAAGGGACAAAGUGCCCUUGGAAGUGCCCUUGCACUUGUUUCUCGCCAUGGUAGCAUGGAGUCUCAGAGUAAUAGUCUUAAGGACCCUCUGGUCACUCUUUUUGGGAGUGUCCAUGAGAAGCCACCAGAAAUGGGAAGCAUGAGAAGCAUACUCUUUCCAAAUUUUGGCAGCAUGUUUAGUGUGGCGGAGCAGCACCCCAAAACUGAGCAGUGGGAUGAGGAGAGUCUUCAAAGGGUGGGUGAAGGUUAUGCAUCUGAUGCUGGAGGAGCUGAUACAGAUGACAAUUUACAGAGUCCACUGCUCUCUCGCCAAACAACAAGCAUGGAAGUGAAGGAUAUUACCCCACCGCAUGCUGUCCAUGGGACUGUUCUAAGUAUGGGGAGAAAUAGCAGUCUCAUGCAAGGGAAUGCUGGGGAGUCAGUCAGUAGUAUGGGUAUUGGUGGAGGAUGGCAAGUGGCUUGGAAAUGGUCUGAGAGAGAAGGUGCAGAUGGGAAGGAGGGAGGAUUCAAAAGAAUCUAUCUACACCAAGAAGGUGUCCCUGGUUCAAUGAGGGGAUCUCUUUUUUCGCUUCCAGGAGCUGAAGUCCCAGGAGAUGGUGAAUUUGUCCAUGCUGCUGCUUUGGUAGGCCAGCCUGCUCUUUAUUCGAAGGAGCUAAUGGAGCAGCAUCUAGUUGGGCCAGCGAUGGUUCAUCCAUCAGAGACAGCUGCUAAGGGGCCAAGGUGGGCAGAUCUUCUUGAACCUGGAGUCAGACAUGCUUUGUUGGUGGGAGUUUCCAUUCAAAUCCUUCAGCAGUUUGCUGGCAUAAAUGGCGUUCUCUACUACACCCCUCAGAUACUGAAGCAAGCUGGUGUUGAUGUUCUUCUUGCAAAUAUUGGCAUCGGAUCUGAUUCAGCAUCAAUCCUUAUCAGUACUCUUACAACCUUGUUGAUGCUCCCUUGUAUUGGCAUUGCUAUGAGGCUCAUGGAUAUUUCAGGGAGAAGGUUUCUUUUGCUGGCUACAAUCCCUGUCUUGAUAGCAUCACUGGUUCUCUCGGUUGUGGUAAACCUUGUGGACAUGGGAACAGUGGUCCAUGCUGUGCUGUCCACAGGUAGUGUUGUUGCCUACCUCUGCUGCUUUGUCAUGGGAUUUGGUCCAAUCCCCAACAUCCUUUGUGCGGAGAUCUUUCCAACUCGGGUCCGUGGUGUGUGCAUUGCUAUCUGUGCCAUCACAUAUUGGUUUGGAAACAUCAUCAUCACCUACACUCUCCCUGUGAUGCUAGACGCUAUUGGCCUUACUGGUGUUUUUGGAAUCUAUGCGGCUGUCUGCAUCCUAUCUCUGGUGUUUGUGUACUUGAAGGUUCCUGAAACAAAGGGAAUGCCCCUUGAGGUCAUCAGUGAGUUCUUUGCACUUGGCUCAAAACAAGCUGCAAGAAAAUGAUUGCUUUAAAAUUGCAGUGACGGUAUCAUAGUUUUCAGAGUUCCCAGGUCAUGUUCUUGGUUAGCUGUAACCAUUUUAUCAUACUGAAAUUAUUUAUCUUGUGGGUCUUUGGGAAGAUUAGGAUGGGGAUAAAGUAAAAGAAGUUAAAGAAUGGAGGGGGGAAGGCCUAAAAAGGGAGUUCAGGCAAUUAACAAGGUGAUGGGAGUUAUUGGUGUUUGGUGUUUCUAUUUAGCUUCGAGGCAUUUCAAACCAGGGACAUGGAAUUUGUUUGCUUUUUUUUAGCGGCAAUCUAUAAUUUUAUCUCAUGAAUUUAUUCUUUAA